AUGGUUAAUAUCCACACAGAGAUAAACAGCAAAAUAAGAAGGUCGACAAGUCUCACUAAAGUCAUCAUCCAUGGCUGCCUCAUCCGCUCUCUGCAACUUGUUCUCCUUUCUGCAACUUGUUCUCCUUCCUCAGCCUCACAAAGCCAUCGCAAACCAAAAUCCCACCAACCCAGCUCUCUAUUUUACAGACUCAGAAGCCCAGAGAUUGAGUUGGUCCCACUGCCUGCCCAAGGGGCCCACUCUGCUGCUGCUGCUUCGUCGAUAGAGUCUGUGAUAUGCCCCUCUCUGGCUCACGCCAGCGUCCUCUUCUUCAAGUCGGCGUACAAUGUUCAGGUGAUUGUUGACGACAACGAGCCCGAGGAGCGGCUGCUCGGCAGGUUCCGGCGGGAGGUCAUGAGGGCCGGCGUUAUUCAGGAGGUUAAGAGGAGGAGGUACUUUGAGAACAAGCAGGACGAGAAGAAGCGCCGGACUCGCGACGCCACAAAGCGAAACAAGAGAAGCCGGCGUCCCUUUUCAAGACCCUUUCAGCAGAAGCCGGAAGUCCCCGAAACCAAGAAGAGCGAUGACGAUGGAGAUAACUGGAAUCUUCCUCAAGGAGACAUACCCUACUGACCACAUUCUGCCCGGCCUUUGAUUUGUAGGAAUAUCUACCCUUUAGAGAGGCUUUGGUCCAUGUAAGUUGUAUAAGAGUUACAUUCAGGUUUUUUUUUGGUCAAAGAGUUACAUUCAGUUCAGUUAUUCUUUGAUCGACUCCAAGCAAAACCGAUCCUAUAUCUUAAUUUAAUCAAAUUGAAAAUUUUCUUU